AUGAAGUCGAAACCUGCGGAGCGGGGCGAGGACGGCAGCUUCAUGCGGAUCGAGGUCAUUUCCAUGCUGAAGCUGCUGCUCGUGUCGGGCAUCGCAGUCACGUUCCUCGCUCUCUUCGUGCUCAUCGGCUUCAGCGGUUCGCCAGCGGUGGCCAAUUCCGACUGGACCAGCAUCCCCACGCGCUGCACGUCCGACUUCUCCAUCAGCUUGUACAACGAAUGCCUCAACUCCACUAACAGCACGACGACCGUCGAGGACACGGACGCGAAUGGAACAGUGUCCGCUAUCGACGAGGUCCUGAGUCUGUCUACUAAUGAGCAGCGGUCGGUGCUGAGCUGCAUGUUCGACGCGUGCACGAACCGCACGAACCGGCCGUUCGCGAGCACCGAGCAGAGUCUGCACGUGGUCCACUACACGUUCGGCCUCAACGGGUUCACGCAGCUCAACCGCUACUUCUACCUGGAGGCCGCGUUCCCGAACCUGCAGAAGACCGCGCGGUCUUUCGACGUCACCAUGACUCCACACGUCAAGGGCUUCUACCUCAACGAGACCAGCGGCAACCAGACGUACGCCGACAUCAUCACCAACGUCGUCCAGAAGACCGUCACGGUCGAGUGUGAGGAGGGCGAGGCGUACUGCGAUGCCGCCUACUUCCUGCGCUUCGGAGACAUCGACUUCAACGACUACCAGGUGGACGUGCUGUUGAACUCCACCGAGAACUUGGCCCUGAACGGCUCAAACGUCCAGUUCCGCAAGACUUGGGGCACGGAGGCGUUCACCAACUGGCUCAUCGGCAUGAAGCUCUUCUUCCUCUUCCUCUCGGCGAUCUUCGCUGGCUGGUACAUCUUCAGCGUCAACAAGCUGUCGUCACGCGAGCAGAACGUCGAGCAGGGCUUCGUCAUGGCGCUGGUUCUGUCGCUGAUUCUGUUCAACGACCCGUUCUACGCGGCCGAGGCGAGGUACGGCAGCAACGCGGCUCGCAUCCUCAGCGUGGGCUUCCAGGUGACCUUCUUCCAGAUGCUGCUGCUCUUCUGGCUGGUCUCGAUCGACAACCUGCGCCUGCAAGGCAAGGAGAACGGUGUGUCCAAUACUCGCUUCUUCGCGCCGAAGCUCCUCUUCGUGGCCUUCUUCUGGCUCAUCAUGACCAUUUACUACGGCUACAUCAAGUACAACCGCAACAACGACGUCACGUGGGACCCCCUGGCCGAGAACAGCAACUUCGCUCUGCUUAAGGUGUUGUGUGGGCUUCUCAGCGCUGCGUUUAUCGUGUGGUACUGCAUCUUGAUCGUUAUGAGCGUCAAGGAGAUCCGAGCUCGCCGUAUGCGCUACCGGUACUUGGUGGGGCUGAGUCUGUUGAUGAUCAUCGCCUCGUUCUCGGGUCUGGCCAACGGAGCGUUCUCUCCGACCCCGUCCAGCGGAGGCGCGUGGACCUCGCUCCAAACCAUUUUCAACGUCUACGUGUACACGCUGUGCUACUUGUACGCGCCCAAAGCGGUGGAUCCUGCCGAAGUGGAGCUCGCCGGUGUCGACGAAGUUCGCGAGACGGACUUGGCUUAA